GGAUGGGCCCCAGCGGGGCGGGGGACGCUGCGCGGGCCCGGCUGCUGGCCCCGCGCGGGUGCAGCUUCCUCUCGCAGGCCGGCGGGCGCGCACCCCUCGGCUGCGGAGCGCACCUGGCCGCCCUCGGCCCUGCCCUGCCGGAGGUGGAGGCCACGGCCCUGUCCCGAGCCGGGCGCGGAGAUGCGUGGCUCGAGCCCGGCCGCGUUCUCCCGGAGCCCUCCCCGUGGUGUCGGGGAGCCGGGGCCUAGCGCGGCGUCCGGGCUGCCGGUGCGGCCACACGGUUUGAACACAGCGCCCUUUCCCAGGCAGCGCCACCUCCACACCUCUCGCCGAGGCGGGUCUGGUGUGGGCUCUUCUGUGCCUCGCAGUUCUCAGCGGGGCUUCGGGCUCGUUUUAACGCUGCCAGGGGUUGGCCAGGGUAGGCUGAGCCUCGGGCUCAGAGCAGAGAGGAAGAAGCCUGGGCCCUGAUGCUGCAGACUCAGGCCCUUCCUCGAUUUCUCUUCUUACCUGGCCCCCACGCUCCACGUUUGAGGCUGGGGAUUCCAUGGCACCUGUGGGCACUGAGGCUUGGCGGUUUCUCGGAGCCACCUGUGCAGCUGCACCAGCCAGGGUCCUUACCCGGAUGGGAGCCCUGUUCCUGUCACCAGCGGCUGCAGCUUCUGGUGGGAGAGAGGAGCGGAGGCAGUGUCAGGCGGCGUCAGACCAAAUACACGCUGAUCGAUGAGCAGGACAUCCCGCUGGUGGAAAGCUACUCCUUUGAGGCCCGAAUGGAAGUGGAUGCAGAUGGAAAUGGUGCUAAGAUAUUUGCCUAUGCCUUUGACAAGAACCGAGGAAGGGGCUCCGGGAGACUCCUUCAUGAACUGCUGUGGGAGCGGCACCGGGGGGGCGUGGCCCCGGGCUUCCAGGUGGUACACCUCAACGCUGUGACUGUGGACAAUCGCCUGGACAACCUGCAGCUGGUGCCGUGGGGCUGGCGGCCCAAGGCUGAAGAGACCUCCAGCAAACAGAGGGAGCAAAGCUUGUAUUGGCUUGCAAUUCAGCAGCUGCCUACAGACCCUAUAGAAGAACAGUUUCCUGUCCUAAAUGUGACCCGGUACUAUAAUGCCAACGGGGAUGUAGUGGAAGAGGAGGAGAAUUCUUGCACCUACUACGAGUGCCACUACCCUCCCUGCACGGUGAUUGAGAAGCAGCUCCGGGAGUUCAACAUCUGUGGGCGCUGCCAGGUGGCCCGGUACUGUGGCUCCCAGUGCCAGCAGAAGGACUGGCCAGCCCACAAGAAGCACUGUCGGGAGAGGAAGCGUCCCUUCCAGCAUGAGCUUGAGCCAGAGCGAUGACGGGCGGGAGAGCCGCACACACUCGCAGCCCCCGGGCUCUACCCUGGGCACAGCAGAGACAGACUGGUGGUUGAACCUGGAGGUGCCGAAAAAGCCAGCUGUGGGCCCAGGACAACCGCCGUGAGACUCCCGAUGUCACAGGCAGUCUGUGUGGUUAUAGCGCCCCUCAGUGUUCAUCUCCAGCAGAGACAACGAAGGAGGCUCCCACCAGGACGGUUCUCAUUAUUUAUAUGUUAAUAUGUUUGUAAACUCAUGUACAGUUUUUUUUGGGGGGAGGCAAUGGGAAGGGUAGAAAUUACAAAUAGAAUCAUUUGCUGUAAUCCUCGAAUGGCAAACAGUCAGGCCACGUGUCUAAAAACUGUCCUGUAGCUGAAGCUUCUCCUCUGGGCCACGGGAGCCCCAUGAAGCGCGGCCUGCACAGGAGUUGUGUCCACAAAGGCAAAGUAAAGGGGUGGAAUCAUCCGGCGUCUCGGA